GACAUAAUUCGGCGAUAUCGCAAAUCUCCUACAGGUCCCAGGACCACUUUUGAUGAAUUUCCCGACAAAGUGGCUAUCCAACUGAAUGACACGCAUCCUUCUCUUGCAAUACCUGAGCUUUUGCGUAUUUUAGUUGAUCUAGAGGGCUUGCCUUGGGAGAAAGCAUGGGACAUUUCCUAUCGCACCUUCGCUUACACAAACCACACUAUUUUGCCUGAAGCGCUUGAACGGUGGCCCGUUACUAUUCUGCACAACAUCCUUCCACGGCAUCUGGAAAUAAUCUACCGGAUCAAUCACGAAUUUCUUCAGGUAGGCUUCUUUAUAUACGAAAGAUGA